GUGUCUGUUAUCGCAAUGCCUGAGCCGGCCAAGUCUGCGCCUGCCCCCAAGAAGGGCUCCAAAAAGGCGGUCACCAAGACCCAGAAGAAGGGCGACAAGAAGCGCAAGAAGAGCCGCAAGGAGAGCUACUCGAUCUACGUGUACAAGGUGCUGAAGCAGGUGCACCCCGACACGGGCAUCUCGUCCAAGGCCAUGGGCAUCAUGAACUCGUUCGUCAACGACAUCUUCGAGCGCAUCGCCGGCGAGGCGUCGCGCCUGGCGCACUACAACAAGCGCUCGACCAUCACGUCGCGGGAGAUCCAGACGGCCGUGCGGCUGCUGCUGCCCGGCGAGCUGGCCAAGCACGCGGUGUCGGAGGGCACCAAGGCGGUCACCAAGUACACCAGCUCCAAGUAAGCUGUCUCUGUUUCCUGUACCUGAGUUGCUCUACCUGAGUUGCUCGACCCAAAGGCUCUUUUCAGAGCCACCCACCUUGCCAGAGAAAGAGUUGUAAUCCUGUCGGAAAGGAAGUAAAUAACGUAGUUGUCAGUACGGCUUUCUUCUUCAUAUCUGCAAAAUCCUUUCUAAAAAUCAUUUCUGUAAAUACCAUUACCUUCCAAUUUUGUUCCAGAAAAUAUAUGCAUUUCUGCUAUCUGCAA